UUCUCACCAAUCGCUACUCUGCAAUCAGUACUUCCUCCUUUCCGUCAAAAUGUAGUCUGUAUUUGUGUCUGUUUUGGCUGUGGAGGUUAAGAUGGCGCAACAUUUGAAAGGGUGUUCCGUCGCUUGCAAAGUUACCUGGACAGACCUGCAAGCCCUGUGUCGUCGCGCCAGGGUAACCUGUGUCGAACUUGACGUGACAAAAAAUAAUUUCGACGAUUACGAAGUAGAAUAUAUUGCGGACUACAUCAAGACCAAUGGAAAAGAAUUCUUCUUAGUCAAGUGGAAAGGCUACCCUGAGUCCGAAAAUACCUGGGAACCACGCAGGAAUCUAAAAUGCCCAAAGCUACUCAAGUUAUUCAAGUCAGAUCUGGAUGUUGCGCUUCGGCGUCCAAAGAAGAGACGAAAGAUAGAAGACGUUGUAGAACUGGACCACAAGACAGCCAGCUACUUGGUCCAGAAGGGUAGACAACGUCAAGCUAUUCAGAACUGGGAAAAUCAGAUAAACAAAAGCAAACGCCACAAAGGUCGCAUUUACGUACAGAACGAGGUGGAUCUGGAGGGACCACCAAGACAGUUCACCUACAUCGAAGACUACAGGAUUGGCGAGGGAGUGCAGAUCUCCACCGCAGCAUUGGGGUGCGAAUGCAAAGACUGUUACAGACACUCCGUAGGCGGCUGCUGCCCUGGCCUAGCCAAGCACCGAUUGGCCUACACCGACAGAGGAGUUGUGCGCGUGCAGCCCGGGCAGCCCAUCUACGAGUGCAACUCCCGCUGCAAAUGUGGCCCAGACUGCCUGAACCGUGUCGUUCAGAAAGGAAUACAGCACGACUUGUGCAUAUUUAGGACGGACAAUGGACGCGGUUGGGGAGUGCGCACUCUGGAGCGCAUCUACAGUAAGGCCUUCGUCAUGGAGUACCUCGGGGAGAUCAUAACAACAGAGGAAGCUGAGAAGCGAGGGGAGGCCUACGACAGCCAAGGCGCCACGUACCUGUUUGAUCUGGACUACGUAGAUGACGUUUUCACGGUGGACGCAGCCUUUUGUGGAAACGUGUCCCACUUCGUCAACCACAGUUGUGAGCCCAACCUGCAGGUUUAUAAUGUUUUCAUUGACAACUUGGACGAGCGGCUUCCCAGGAUUGCGCUGUUUGCCACCCGCUACAUCAAGGCAGGGGAAGAACUCACCUUCGACUACAAGAUGCAAAUUGAUACGGUAGAUGCGGAGAGCUCAAAGAUGGACUUCAGCCUGGCUGCUCUGGAAGGGCCGUCCAGGAAACGCAUGCGUGUGGAGUGCAAGUGUGGCGUGGAGUCUUGCCGCAAGUACCUGUUCUAGAAGGGAACCAAAGAAAUGCACACAGCACAUUGUUCUGUCAUGUGGGAGGAUUCCUGCCAAUUUCUACAUGCUAUUGUAUUGGUAUUGCUACCUUUUGACUGAGUCAUACAAGUGCAUUUUGAACUUGCCAAAAUUCUCCUUACCGAGCAGGAGCAACACAAUGAUUGUCAAUGUGCACUCUGUAAUUGGUGAAUCAAUAGGGAAAACUUCACUGUGUAGGACACAUUGAUUGAGCGCCCGGAAAUGGCUGACGUCUGAACAGAACUGUGUGUAUAUCCAUCCUUGUGAAAUGAUGGGAUGCGAAAUGACCUAAUCGUAAUCAUGGACGUUUAGAUACAUUUUCAAAACAAAAAAGGAUUUUUGUGUGUCUUUUUACGUGUUGUGUAUAUAUUUAUUUUAAAUAAACAAGUUAGACUUGAAAAGUGAAUCUUCUCUUUAUAAUCUUGCUGAUAUCAUUGUUUUAAUUUGUCUUUUUUUACUCAACUGAACUUGUAUUUUAUUUAGGUCUAUAUGGUUUCUCUGAAGUCUGUAUGUGUGCCUUACAUCUAUUGUGUUUCUGGGUCAUUCGUUUUCAAAGAGCACUUUAAACUGAUCCUCCUCUAUUUUAAAUAAAAGUACCUAAUCGGUUA